CCUGGGAUCCCAGUGCCCUGAGUGACGGUGAAUGCAGGGCCCGGCCUGCCAGGCUCAGCAAGGGAACCAUCCCCACUGUAGCCCAGGGAGCCUGCAGGGUCAGACAUGGGGGUGACAUGAUGCCCUUAGGGUGCAGGAAGCUGCUGGGCAGGAGAGGGUCAGUCUAUGUGAGCCCAGAGCCCCUGCCCACGGGCUGUGUGCAUGUCACAGUGACCGGGGAGCCUUUCCAGCACCUGGGGGGAUGGGGAGGACAGAGAUGAAAUGUGGGCUGCAGAGAUGGAGAGUUUGGCUAAGUGCAAGUUGAUGAAGUUUGCGGGGGAGCAGGCCCUCCUGUUGAUGAUGCACAGCUCACCCGUGCCUUGAUCCACCACCCUUCCUGGUCUAAAUGCGCUUCCUAUGAGCCACCACAAGAGAUCCUGUGGCUCUGAAACAGACAGACGCCGAGAGGCAGAAGAUGGUCUGGGAGUGGCAGGAGCUGCGAGGGUUUCUGGAGGAGCAGGAGCAGCGGCUGCUGUCCCGGCUGGGAGAGCUAGAGAGAGCCAUUGUCCAGAGAAGGGAUGAGGGCGUCUGCAGACUGUCCUCGGAGAUUUCCCUGCUCAGUGAGCGGGGAGGAGAGAAGAGGCAGCAGCUGCUGAGCCAGUCCCUGCAGGGUGCUGGGAGCACUGGGAGCAGCAGAGAGGAUGGGACGUUCUGGAAGCCAGAGCCGGGGUUUGUGGAGCUGGAGAAGAGACUCAGCCAUUUCUCUCUGAAAAGUGCCUACCUGCAGGAGGUGCUGCAGGGAUUCAAAGAGAUGCUGCGACUGGAGCUGGGGAGCGACACAGGCUGCAGAAUAACACCCCCUUUUAGCUCCAGAUUGCCUCAUCCUCCAAGGAGACGGGGAAGGGAAAUGGCUGCAGAAGAGCAGGCUCUGGGACUGGUGACCUUCGAGGAGGUGGCUGUGUAUUUCACCAGGGAAGAGGGGGCUCUGUUGGACCCCCCUCAGAGAGCCCUCUGCAGAGACGUCAUGCAGGAGAACUAUGAGAAUGUGACCUCGCUGGAAUUUCCUGUUUCCAAAGUUGAUGUGAUCUCCCAGCUGGAACAAGGAGAAAAGCUAGGGGUGCCAGAAGUCCAGGGCUCAGAUGAAAGAGAGAUCUGGAGGAAUGCCUGCCCAGCAGGUGAUGGGAUGUUGAAUGAGAACGAGGAGCAGAAUCCUCAGCAGCAAGAUGCUGAGCAAGUGGAACCACAUGCAGGAUUUUCACAAAGAUCCAAAGGGAAUGUGUCCAGGCGUCAUGUGGAGGAAAAAGCCUGUGAGAGUAAGCACAGGCCAGAGAGAGAGCAGGGAAACAAGACAGGGGAGAAAAUGAGUAAAUCCAUUAAUUACCAGGAAACUCAGAAGGAAACCACAGCCCAGAAGAGAAUCCUCACAGGAGAGCAAAACAACACGUGCACUGAGUGUGGGAAAAAUUUCAGUAGCCGCUCACACUUUAUAGAACAUCAGAGAAUUCACACAGGGGAGAGACCCUACAAAUGUUGUGAGUGCGGAAAAAGCUUCACUCGGAGCUCAACCCUUGUUAGGUAUGAGAGGGUACACAGGGGAGAGACCCUAUGAAUGCUGUGACUGUGGUAAAACCUUCAGUCAGAGUUCAUCCCUUAUUACACAUCAGAGGACGCAUACGGGAGAGAGACCCUACGAAUGCCAUGAGUGCAGGAAAAGCUUCGCUCGGAUCUCAACCCUUGUUACGCAUCAGAGCACUCACACAGGAGAGAGACCCUAUGAAUGCUGUGAGUGUGGGAAAACCUUCAGCCAGAGUUCAUCCCUUAUUGCACAUCAGAGGAUCCACACAGGAGAGAGACCCUAUGAAUGCCGUGAGUGCAGGAAAAACUUCAGUAGCCGCUCAGGGCUUUUUGACCAUAAGAGAAUCCACAUGGGGGAGAGACCUUAUGAAUGUUGGGAGUGUGGGAAAACCUUCACUCGGCAGUCACACCUUAUUACACAUGAGAGAAUCCACACCGGAGAACGCCCCUAUGAAUGCUGUGAGUGUGGGAAAAACUUCUCUCAGGUCUCAGCCCUUAUUAGACAUGAAAGAAUCCACACAGGAGAGAGCCCCUAGAGAUGCUCCUUGUGGGACAAGCUUCCAUCAGAGCUCAGCCUUUAUUUAUCAUCAGAGAAUACACAAGGGAGAUAAACACCAUAAAAACUUUAUCUAGAGCAGAUCAAACAAAAUUCCUUAAUACUUUUUCUAAUUCCCACAUACUGGCCUUUCAGGCUGUUUGAAUCAUUUACAUCACCAUGGUCUUUCCAAUCUACCAAGUGAGCUGCCUUCUUGGGCCUCUUUUUGCCUCUCGAGCUUCUUCAUUUCCUACAAAUCCAUGACUUUAUGUGGAAGUUAUGUCCAAGCACAAGAUGGUUUGGGGAGGAAAUUAUUAAAGCGAUUCCUCUAAUAAUACAAUGAUGGCUUCCUAGCGAUACUCUCAAAGGCUCACUUAAUGCUGCAGUAAAGGAUCUGCCUUUCAAACAGAAUGCCAGAUGAAUUCAUCUUUAUUGCUUUCAGUUAGACUCUGUAUUGAACAUUCUUGGAAAAAUGUGACCUGCUUUCUCCUACAAAAUUGAGUAUAUAAAAAUAUGGACUGUUCUUUUAGUGGAAAACUUUGAUAUCAACUACAUAAGCAAGAGAAGUGCCAAAAAAGAGGAUAGCUAUUUAGCAAUUUUGUCAUAUAUUCUCUUGGACUCAGAGGAGGAGGUGUCAGCAAGCCACAAUCUUUAGCCAGGGUCUUGAAAUAUUACCCUGGUCCUGAAUAAGUAACAUACAAUGUAGUAUGUUAGCAUUUUAUUGUAACUUUGUCAGAAUAAAAAGUUUUAAAAAAUGAA